AUGGAUCUUCCUGGCGCCUCUCUCGGGGCCUCCAUUGGCGCCUCGCUCGGGGGCCCGUCCCGUCCGGCCCCGUGCCCCCUCCAAAAGUUUGACUCACCUGCCGCCAGCACCGGCAGCUCGACCGACUCCCUGGCGCAGCGCAGCCGUCAGCUUCUCCAGAAGUAUCUUGAGGAGAUCGACCAAAUGGAGAACUCCUUCUCGUUUGCCCCGCUGAGGUCCGCGCCUCCCGGCUCGACAGGGUCCUUCACCACCUCGAACUAUGUUCCAUCGGCCGCGGCUGCGGCUCCGCCCGCAGGCGGCCUGCCCCAGCCACAUGCCCUUGGCUUUGCGCCGCCGACGCACCUCCCCCCGGCGGCUCCGGUUAGUGCCGCGGCCAAGGGCCCGGCUCUGGCCACUGCCCAGUCGUCGGCCGCGUCCGCCCCACCGGCGGCCCAGCCCACGAGCCAGCCCUCGGCCGCGGCGGCCGCCCCCGUGGCCGAUGUCAACUCUCUGGUGGCGCUUUUGAAGGAACCCCCGACGGCUGCCAAUCUGGCACCCGGCGCGGCGGCUGUCCCUCCCACCGAGCGGGCACCCUCCCCCCCGCCGCCCUCGUCCGGGCUGGUGUCUCUCUUCGAUCCGCCGGCCUCGGCGGCCGGUGGCGAUGCCCAGGCCGCCCCGCCCACCGCCACCACUCCCACCGAGCCGACCCCGAUGACCGACGAGGAGCUCGAGCGCGAGGCCAUGGCCACUUUCGGCAUGUCGCCAAGCGAUCUUUCACGCAUGAUGAAGGGCUACACCCAGCAGGGGGCGUCCUCCAUGUCGGGCAAGGCAUCGCGCGGCUCGAGCCGGAGCUCCUCGCGCGAGUCCUCCGCCUCCCUGGCGUCUCCCUUCUCCUCCUUGUUCGAGCCCCCCUCGGAGAUCGGGCAGCCGGAUUCCCCGCUGGCGGCCAGCUCCAAGAUGCCGACCAGCUCGCUGGAGAGCGUCCUCAGCAACCUGUCCAAGGAAAUGACUCGGCCCACCGAGAUGUCCCGGUCACCGGGGUCCAGCCCACAGUGGCGCCUGCGGUCCACCCUGCGCGGGCACUAUGACGGGAUUCUCUGCCUGGACUUCGUGCCCUUCCCCCUGGCCACCAAGUACAACCCCACGGUUCCGUCCUUCCUGUCGGGCUCGGAAGACGGCACCAUCAAGCUCUGGUCUCGCCCGGGCAAGUCCUCUUCCUCCUCCUCGUCGAAGAGCUCCUCCUCCAGUGACACCCCGGUCGUGUGCUAUACCUUCCGCGGGCAUAGCCACCCGGUCCUGGCUCUGACCACGGUCCCGGUCGGCGGUGAUGUGUUCCUCUUCUCGGCCUGCCUCGGGGGCACGGUCUACCGCUGGCAACUUCCGCCCAGCAUCCCGCGCAACAUCUACCUGGCCCACGACAAGACCCGGCCCUUCCAGCCGGUUGAGCAGCUGGAAGUGUCGAAGAAGCACCGUGAUGCCAUUUGGGACAUCCGGUCCUGUCCUCGGCGGCGGGUGGUGCUGACCGCCUGCGCCGAUGGCACGGUCGGCAUCUGGAAGUACACUGACUCCGAUCCGAAGCUCAUGCUCAAGACCCUGAUCAGCAGCCCGACCAAGUCGGUGCCCACCUCGGUGGACUUUGCCCCGAGUGCCCCGGGCAAGGCCUCGGACCCCGACUCCUUCGACAUUGUGGUGUCCUAUGUGGAUGCCAGCGUCCAUGUGUUCGGCUGCCAGGGCGGUGCGCCGAGCCUGUCCUUCGAGUCGGUUGGUACCACUGAUGGCACGCCCAACAGCCAGAUCAACCGUUUGGCCGCGCACCCCGACUUCCCCCUGGUCUUCACGGCGCAUGAGGACCAGCGCAUUUGCAUUUUCAACUCCCAGACCGGGGCCCUGUUGCACUCGGUGGUUGCCCACCGGGAUGCCGUGCGCACGUUGUCCAUCCACCCGUCCGGCGUGCGGCUCGUGUCCGGAGGGCAUGAUGGGUCCAUCCGCGGAUGGGACAUCAAUGGCCUGCCGGAGGAUGCCUUGCGGGGGGCCGUUUCCAAAUUCGGCCCCACUGACUUCGAUGCCGUGACCGUCCGCUGCACGCAGGAGUUGACCGCGCAUCGGAUGAAGUACGAGUCUUCGGUUCUCUGCCUGGCGCACAGUUUGCCCGGGCCGGGCAGCACCGGGCUUGGCGAUGAUGACAUCCUCCUCGUGUCGGGAGGGGCCGACUCCAUCGUCAAGGUUUUCCACUGA